ACUUCUUCUCUCUCCCUCUCUUUUUUUCAUCUGCUGCGAGCCAGAUUCCUAUUUUCCAUCUAGUACUUGUUUCUUUCCGCUCUGUAUUUUUACAACCCAUGGUCGAUAGUUGGAUUCAUCUCAACUUUGGGCCCAGCACCAUGGUGCCGCUGCUGCUGGGCGUGUUUGCAGUCUGCUUUGGGUUGGUGUCGAUGGUGGUCAAGGAGUGGCUGUUUGUGUCGGAGACGCUGGUCGCUUUUCCUGUUUGCCCAGCUGACUGGGUGGACGUGCCUUCGUUCACGCUCGAGCUCACCCGGCUGAUCAUCGCUAUCCAAGUCAUGGCCGCAGGCAUCACGCUGCCAAACGCCCCGUUUGUAGGAAGUAUCCUGUCCACGGAGCUAAAGUCCCUUGCUCAUGCUGCUGGGUCCACCAUCAUGCUCGUGUUCCGGCUGGGGUUUAUCGAGUCAAUGCUCAUUGCGUCGUGCGUUGCGCCGACCGACCCGGUGCUGGCGAACUCGAUUGUCAAGGGCAAGUUUGCCGAAGCAAAAGUGCCGCUGCAUGUGCGUAACAUCAUCUCGGCGGAGUCUGGCGCCAACGACGGGCUUGGCUACCCGUACCUGUACCUGGCGCUGUACUUGCUCAAAUUCGGCACUAAAGAGGCACUGACCCGGUGGUUCGUCGUUGUCAUUCUGUGGGAGAUUGUUGUGUCGGUUGUUCUAGGCGGAGUCAUCGGCUGGUGCGCGCGCAAGCUGCUGCAAUACGCACGUGAGCGUGGCUGGGUCGACCACGACUCGUUCCUGUCGUUUGCAAUCUCGCUGACACUGCUUACGCUGGGCAUUGUGUCACUCGUGGGCAGCGAUGAUAUUUUGGCGUGUUUUGUUGCCGGCAACACGCUGACGUGGGACGACUGGUUCCGCACAGAGACCAAGGAGGCGCAUUUCCAGGACGUGCUCGACACGCUGUUCAACUACACGUUCUUCAUUUACCUGGGCGCCAUCGUUCCGAUGGGACACUUCAUCACGCCAGGCCGUUUGGUGGCCGUGUCGAUCCUGGUCAUCCUAUUCCGACGCCUGCCAGCGGUGCUGGCGGUGACACGCCUGACACCCGCGCUUGUGACGUUCCGCGAGGCCGCUUUUGCUGGGUGGUUUGGACCGAUCGGAGUCGGCGCGAUUUUCUAUGCAAUGGUGGCAUACGAAGAGCUCGAGGACCCAGUGUUUGAAGGGUCGCGCUUCAAAGAGAGCCUGCUGCCAAUUGUGUUUUCGUUAGUCAUUGCCUCGGUCGUUGUCCACGGCAUCACCAUCCCCCUGUACCAUGUUGCUGCUGCUGUGCCCACUGCCACCGUGGCCGUGCAAAAAUUCCUGACACUGACGCCCUCACGAUCAUCCACCAGCCUGUUCAGCAUUGGCAGACGCACGGCUUCACCCCGCUAUCCACCAAACAUGGGCGUGUCCAUCCGGAAACCCCGGAACGCACGGGCAUCGAACCCAGUGGUAUUACCAGACACUGUCCGGACUGCUGCUGAGCACACGUCGCUGCUGGUUGGCAGUGAGGAGCAGGCAGAAAAUUACGGUUCGACAUCGAAGAAUCCGAAAUGAACUCCAUUGCACACUAAAUUUAUUUUCAAAUGGCCUCAAUACACAUCGCGUUUAUAUUUA